AUGGCAGAAUUCACUCAUGAAAGUACGGAAAGCCAGGAGGAAGAGGAACUACAGGAGGAAGUGCUAGAUUUCGCACCAGCCGCAUUGGAUGACUCUCUGCCAGAAGUAGAAGAUCCUUUGCAGGAAAUAAAUUUGGGAACAGAGGAGGAUCCAAGGCCAACCUUCAUCAGCGCACUAUUGAAAGAACCACUUAAGAAUGAACUCGUUGCACUUCUACAAGAGUUCAAAGACUGUUUUGCUUGGCAUUAUCACGAGAUGCCAGGAUUAGACAGGGAAUUGGUAGAACACAAGCUACCAAUCAAAGAGGGAUACCUUCCAGUCAAACAGGCCAGAAGAAGAAUGUCCAUGGACACAGAACUGAAAGUCAAAGAAGAAAUAGAAAGGCUGCUCAAAGCAGGAUUCAUCAGGCCUGCCAUCUAUGCUGAUUGGCUAGCUAACAUUGUACCAGUUCUAAAAAGGAAAACUGGGGCAGUCAGAAUCUGCGUGGAUUACAGAAACCUGAAUGAAGCCUCUCCCAAGGAUGAAUACCCUAUGCCAAUGGCAGACAUGCUAGUAGAUGGAGCUGCCCACAACCAGAUGCUAUCUUUUAUGGAUGGCAACGCAGGUUACAAUCAGAUCAUGAUGGCAGAAGAAGACAUCCACAAGACAGCCUUCAUGUGUCCAGGGCAUAUAGGUGCUUUUGAAUACACUGUAAUGCCUUUUGGCUUGAGAAAUGCAGGGGCUACCUAUCAAAGGGCAAUGAAUUCUGUUUUCCACGAUAUGAUAGGGCAUUCCUUGGAAGUGUAUAUUGAUGAUGUUGUGAUCAAAUCACCAGAGGAGGGAAACCACAUGACAAAUCUAAGAAGAGCAUUCCUCAGAAUGAGGCAACAUAAACUGAAAAAUGAACCCAAAGAAGUGCGUUUUUGGAGUUCAAGCGGGAAAUUUCCUAGGAUUCUUGGUCCACCAAAGAGGCAUAGAGAUCGACAAGAACAAAGCAAAAUCCAUCAUAGAAGCUUUACCGCCUAG